UCAAAAGCCACCCCAUCCCUUAUAUGUAAUUGGACUAUCGUCAACCAGUGAUAAAAUGAAGUAUGGACAUAAACUGAGGUUUCUGUGUGACAAUGGAUAUAGACUGUUGGGGUACACUGAGGUGGAAUGCUUGGAGACCGGGCAGUGGAGUGCCGCCUUUCCAAUCUGUGGGCCCUGCACUGUGACAGUGGAUGAUAUGAGGAGAAAUAACAUUGAACUGAGACAUAGAUAUGACUCUACAGUCUAUUUACCACACAAAGAUUUUAUAGUGUUCAGUUGUACAACAGGAAGCUCUGAUGGCAGGCUGGCAAUGCAUCAACAGUGUAUUGACGAACCUACGUACUGUGGAAGGCCACCAGGAAUUGAAAAUGGAGACACCAGGUAUUGGACGAGCCGUUGGUACUACCAUGGGGAUACAGUUGAAUACACAUGUAACCAUAAAUACAUUCUGCUUGGUCAGUCUCACAAAACCUGCUACGACGGUAACUGGAUUGGAGAUAUUAGGUGCUUCAAGGCUGUAGGCUGUGGAACGCCACCACCCCUUGACUUUGGGGAUGUCCAGUCUUCUGUUAAAAAUAAUUACGACCAUGGUGAGAGAGUUGAAUACAGCUGUCAGAGUCACUAUACUCUGGAUGGUCAGACUCAUAAAACCUGCAGCAAUGGUCAAUGGACUGGAGAUAUGAGAUGCCUCAGGCCCUGCACUGUGACACUGGAUGAUAUGAGGAGAAAUAACAUUGGACUGAAAUAUAAACCAGACUCUAAAAUUUAUUCACCACACAAAGAUUUUCUAGAGUUCAAUUGUACCACAGGAAGCCCUGACGGCAGGCUGGCAAUGCGUCAGCAGUGUAUUGACGGUGUGAUGCUGUUGCCCUCUUGCCAGUAGGAGUGUGAGUUAACUGGAAGUGAUGGCCAGCAGCUGGCUGGACAAACAUGUAAAUGGAUAACCAGAGGAAAGAGUUUGACACGAUAUGUGCUGCUGCUUUGCACUGAUCCUCUG